CCCCAUUCAGAGCUGAAAGGGCGCUCGGCGGCGCCGGGUGCUGGCGAAGGGGGCUGCAAGGGCGGCGGGAGCAGCUUUUCUUUGGCAGCGAGCUUUUCUCACACGGUUCAAAGCAUCCCCACCUGCAGCCCUGCAGAACAAAAGCGUCAGGCGGAGACCAAGGGCAUUUCCAAGGGCCACGGCCGCUGCCUAACCCAGCACUGACACAGCUCCAGGUGAUGGCAGGAGCCCUUUCUACUGUUGCCGGCUCCCUCGAGCAGGGGCUCACAGGGGGCUGAGAAAAGCCCGGGUACCUCCAGCCUCAUCUCCCCACCACACCGUGUCCCUUCCAGGAGUGCUGCAGACCCAGCGGGUUGUGCAGAGCCUGGAGCCACCCAGUUUGCACCAGGCAGGAUCCGUCCCCACAGUGCCCACGAGGCCACGGCCAGCCCAGUGCCACGAGGACAGCGGAGGGGAGAUGGUGGCUGGGAGCACAUGAGAAGGACAGGCUUAAUCAUACAGUGGGACCUGGCAAAUUUGCACUUUUUAAAUGCACAAAGGCUGUGAGCAGAGCAGCCUGGCAGAGCUGGGCUGGAUGGGGUGGGAGAGUCAGGCACCGCUGCAGACCCCACUACUGCAGACCCCACCACCGCAGACCCCACCACCGCAGACCCUGCCACCACAGUCUUCACCACCACAGACCCCGCUUAGCCCCUGUCAGCACCCAAAGAUCACUGGGGGGGGUUACAAACCACCCUCGCCAAGCAGGAAGCGAGCAAUUUCUCUAUUUUUUUUUUUUUUCUCACUUCCUGAGCUUUGAGUCAUUAGGUGUCAGGCUUUCAAGUUUAUUUCACCAGCCUGGAAUGCAUCUUUAAAAAUAAUAGUCAUUGAAAAAAAUGAAAGCUGAGAUUCAGCUGUAAUCCCAUGACUCAAAGAGGUGUGGAAGGAAGAAAAUCAUGAAAUCCCAUGAGUUCCAACAAUGAAAGCAUGAGAGCUGGCAAGACCGUGGCACAUAAAUCAUCAAAACUAAACACCAUCAGUCAAAAUGAAAGGAAUUAAGCCAAUCUCACCAGGCUGUUUUAAUUAUUUUUUAAUGAGGAUUUGCUCAUUCAGAAAAUUCACCCAUGACAAUGGCCGCCCCGAGCCAUUCACGCUGAGCAGGACCCAUCCCUGCAGCAGACACGCAUGGCUUGGCCCCGCCAUCCUGCCCCAGGGAUGCUCCAGACCCGGCACAAGGUUGGCGAUGGGAGCCGGGAGCCAGGGUGCCAUCGACCGCCAGGAAGGGGAGAGCAGGGUGAAAGAACCAAAAAUACGCCAGGAGUCCCAUUUUUGCCAUUAGCUUUGUUGCAACCCAAAACGUUGCGCUGGGGAUGUAACGAGCCAAAUUCUCUCUGGAUGGUCCUGGGGGGUUAGCAGGUGCUGCACUGUGGUGGUCCCCCGAGGGGGGCACAGCCCCAAGCCUCCCAGAAGACCCUCUGCCAUCACCAGCAGCGUUCCUGGAAGCACUGGGGGAAGGAGCUAUCGGGGAGCGGGGAUGCUGGGGCAGGGGCAUAGACCCCAUCUCUGCGCAGCAAUUGCAGAGGGAUGCAAACGCCCAUGCUGGAGCAGCAGCCGCCCCCAUUAAUAUUUUGGUGGCUGUUGGACAAAGUGGCUCAGAGCAGGAUUAUCGGCAGCCUGUCUGCACUAUACCGGCGAGACACUCCGCCCCUGAGAAAUGCUCCUACUACCCUUUAUGCUAUUGAUUUUUCUUUUAGCAAGGCAGGCAUUAAGCAGGAAAGAAACAGAGGGGGCACAACCCACCGCGUUCCUGCGGUGCUGUGUUCAAGAGCAGGCGGGACGGGAGGAAACCCUGUGGGCACAUUGGUCGGGGUGUCUGGUGGUCAGGAGCCAGGGCUGGUGACUUUCUGCCAAAUCUCUUUCUUACCCUUGUUUGCCCAGCUCCAGUACCCCCCGAAAAUGCACAAGGGCUUAAGCAGUGAGAUUUGACUUGUGGUUUUCAGUCUCUUUGAUCCUCAGGGGGACACCCAACUGGGGCUUGCAGGAGGCGAGGGGGGAGACACGCAUGGGACAAGUGUUUCGAUGAAAGCCCUGCCGUGCAGAAGGCAUUGGCAGGGGCACCUGGAAAAGGUCCAUGGUGAAGAGGAGAUGCUGCCAGCACCAGGUCUCCUGGGGGUGCUCCCAAGCCUCUCCUGCUCCAGGUGAUGCCCCAGUUCACCUUUGCUUGCUUCUGUGGGCUCCAUGGCUUCUGCAAGAUGAAAAGGAAGAAAGAAGAGUCCAGCGCGGAGCAGGAGACGGCAGUGUGAGGAGCAGACUCGUGCGUGUGCCCUGCCCAGCUGUGCCUCAGGACCCCAUCCCCUUCCCCUCGAUACUUGUGUGGCCAAGGGAGAGCCGAAACACGGGAAUGACCUUGCCAAGAGGUAGAAGCAGAUGCUGUGGACGUUAUUCAGGUGCUGCAGCAGUUCUGCCCGGACGCACAGCCCAGCCGGGUGCUGAGCACUCAGCACCCAAGCAGUCAGUGUCAGAGGCACCCUGCAUCCCAGCAGGGUAGAGAUUUCCCUGCAGAGCGAGUCAACCUGCUCUUGCUCCAACAAGUCUCAACAGACAGACCUGGAGCAGUUCUCAUAAGCCAGAGCCAGACCUUGUCCUUCCUUGGAGUCGCAGUGCCAGAGAGGCUGGCCCCUGGCUGAAAUCACCUGGCCCAAGCUGCCCUUUCUCCCUUGCGUAGGCAGGAUUUUCCUCCAGCUGCUCGACGUUCCCGUGCUGACCCGCUGCUCUCCUGCUAGCAAGGAGGAUUGCGCAGAGAAAUAUCUGGGGCGGGCUGAUAAAAUCUGCAGUUCCCAGUUGGCCUCCAUCCUCCCAGCCUGUGCCUGCUCCCCUCCCCAUGCAUCUGUCUUCCUAUAGUUCAAAAAACAACCAGUCUUUGUGGCUGCCCCAACACCCCACGUUUUUCAGAAUGUUCCUCCGAGGACAAAGUACAGGCAGUUUCAGGCAGCUCCAGGUGGGCACGGGGAAGCUCACGUUGUUUGGGGAAAAUGCUGACCUUGUUCUGUUCCUAUUUUUGCACAUCAGCACAGCCUCCCAAAUUCAGGGUUUGCAGCCCCAGUGCUGUCCUUGGCGAGGACCUUCGGAUUUAUCUUUGGGCCAAAAAAAAGAAAGUUGGUGGAAUGAAAAGCCUAUUUGUGGAAUGUAACUUUAUUUUUGCACAGUCCGCCUGUAACGCGUGGUGACCACACAAGUCAUGCACUCGUGGACUUAAACCACUAGCGAUUAAUCACUGCUCUGAAGUUUAUUACAAGUGUAAAGAUACGGGUCAAAUUCAAUUUUUGUUUUAUGCCAGCAUAAAUCCAGAGAGACAGUCUGGAUACUAAGAUGUCUACCAAAAUAUUAAUUAUACAGAAAUGAGCUUGGACUGGACCUCUGCUCGCAGAUUUCUCCUAACCGUGUCUCAGUCUCACCCUUGUGCAAAAGCACGUGAACAACAAGCACAAGCAGGCAGAGACAGGCUUACCGCGGGCACACGCUAGGGAAGCCCUGACUCAACAAAGCCCUGCUUAAAUUUAAGUGUUUGCUUUGGGAUUUUGCUCGAUCCAGUAAAUUUGCCUAACUCCCCCCUAACAAACCUUGAUCGAUCUCUGCAGGAGCAUGCAAUGACUAAGCAGAGGAGAAGGCACCGAACCAUCCUUGCAGCAUCUCCCUAAUGCUGCCUAACAAGGAUCAAAGCAUUCAACCUCUUUUUAUUGUCCUUUUCUUUUAUCCCACUGUCUGGAUUUCAUCACGAAGGGACCUACCCAGACAUGUUCCUCAGGAGUCUCCCAGCCCCAGUAGCCAUAGAAACCGGCUAUUUUUAGUCUGUUUUCCUGAUGCCAGUAAAUGACUUUUCUCUACUUUGGAGAGGCAGAAGACCAGGGCAGCCUUGUGUGCUGGUGGAUGGUAAAUGAGCAUCUCCAGCGAGGCAGGCGUCCUCUCCUCUACAGUGCUGUACGUCUGAGAAAAUAAAUGUGGCAUUGGUAAAUAAGCGCACAUUAUCUACGCACAGAGCAGAUCACUUCCUAUGGUAUUUCCUACGCUAGAGAAAAUAUUUAUAAGAAUUUUUAGAGUAUGGAUUUUAUAGCCAUUUGGAGAUCAGGGGUUUUGGUAUAUGACAAGCUUCCUCCUUUUCGGAGCUGGUUCUUCAAAAGACGCUGUAAUACAAAUUACCGGUGUUUGGCAACGCGAUCAAUGUGGGUAAAAGCACAGUGGUACUUACACCAUAAAUCAGCCCCACAACAAUGCCUCUCAUUCCUGGGAUACCAGUAAGACUUGAAGCCAAAGGCUUUUGAAGUAAGAUGGAAGAACACAUUUGUCUGAGUAAUUAUCAGGCUGCACGCUAAUGAGCAACGCUGGCCGGAUAAUUCAGCACGAGGGAAGAGAGCUGGGGCAGAGCAUCAUUUUCCUAGAGGGUUUUCUUAAAACAUCCAUUGUCUCCCGGGCUGUUCCCCCAUGCCUGUGGCAGGAUCCAGCCCACAGGGCCAUUUCCCCAGCUGCUGCCUGCCCUCCUGGGGGUACUCGGCAAACGCUGGGGCAGCUCCUGGGGAUGCAGGAGCAUCCCGACCGGUGCCGCAUCCUCAGGGAGCACUGUGGGGAGUGAUCAGCGAACUUCUGCCAGGCAGAGACGGUGGAGACCGUUUCCUUUUAAUGCUUGCCAGGUAUCCUGGAGCUGUAAAUACCCCGAGCCCGAUGGCUUCUGCUGUAACAUAUCUAGUUUACAAGAUUGUACUAUAAAUUAUAGAUGCAUAUCAUGACUGCGGUUUGCACCGAGACACUUGCCUAUUGAUCCGUCUCCUGCUGGUUAAUAUUCAGGACUGCUUUGGGAAGCAGCAUGCUGUAGCGGGUCAUCGGGAUGUCAGCACUCGGAGCAAGCGAUUUCCUGGCCCGACCGUACCAGUACGCAGGGAAGCAGCUGUGGAGCUGCUGUAAUAA